GGCACUGAAACUUUUGUUCUGGCUGUCAAUAUUUUGGAUAGAUUCUUGGCCCUUAUGAAGGUGAAACCAAAACACCUCUCCUGCAUUGGCGUCUGCUGCUUUUUGCUGGCAGCCAGACUGGCGGAAGAAGAAGGUGCCGUUCCCCCCACGCAUGACGUGAUCCGGAUCAGUCAGUGUAAAUGCACAGCGUCCGACAUCCAACGCAUGGAGAAAAUCAUCUCAGAGAAGCUGCACCAUGAGCUGGAAGCUACCACUGCCUUAAAUUUCUUGCACUUAUACCACGCGAUUGUAUUUUGUCAUACUUCAGAAAGGAAGGAAAUUCUGAGCCUCGAUAAACUAGAAGCUCAGCUGAAAGCUUGCAACUGCCGACUUGUCUUCUCAAAAGCAAAACCAUCUGUAUUAGCUCUGUGCCUUCUCAAUUUGGAAAUAGAAACGAUAAAAUCGGUUGAAUUGCUGGAAAUUCUGCUGCUUGUCAAAAAACAUUUGAAGAUCAGCGACACUGAGUUCUUUCACUGGAGGGAGCUGGUUUCUAAAUGUCUAGCGGAGUACUCUUCGCCUCAGUGCUGCAAGCCCGACCUGAAGAAGCUGGUUUGGAUUGUCUCGCGGCGCACUGCCCAGAAUCUCCACAACAGCUACUACAGUGUUCCCGAGCUGCCCACGAUCCCAGAGGGGGGCUGCUCUGACGGAAGUGAGAGUGAGGAUUCUGGUGAAGACAUGAGUUGUGGGGAGGAGAGUCUGAGCAGCUCCCCUCCCAGCGAC